AUGACGAGCCUCAGGCUCAAAUCUAGCCUGGUCGUUCUAAACAGUGUCAUAAAUGCAUGCGCGCAAGCUGGAAAGAUCAAACGCGCGGAGCAGUGGCUCAGAAAUGCGUCCUCAAUGCAGUUGCAAGCAGAUGUGCUGAGUUUCAAUGGAAUUAUGCAUGCUUGUGCUGUGCGGGGGCAGUUGUCCAGAGCAGAAGAAUUGCUGGAACAAUUGGUUUCUUCACACUUGGAUGACAUCUACACCUACAACAGUCUGAUUAAUGCCUGCGUGGAGAGUGGCGAAACUGAACGUGCGGAACACUGGUUGGAGCAGAUCCGCUUGCGAAGACUUCAGCCAAACCGAGUCUCGUUCAGCAGUCUGGUAAAGGGCGCUGCGCGGAUUGGCGACGUAGAAGAGAUGCAAACCUGGUUCGAUCGCAUGUGGGAGGCUGGUAUUGAGGAUGAGAUGGUUGAUCUACUUCCUGAGGGGCCAGCAAGGACCGGAAGUCCAUUGAGAAAGGCGUUGUACCGAUUUCGCUCUUUUGGGGAGCCUGAGCUGGUAGAGGUAUUGGAGAGCGCAUUGGAACUCCAGUGGCUUCACGGUUAUCCUCGGGUACCUGCUGGAGAGCCGCAGCUUACCCAUGGGACGUACAAGUACUUGUCCGGAAUGCAGCCCUUGACAGUGCGACGAAUGCUUGACUUGGUGCCUGCAGCAGGAACCAUCCUAGAUCCUUUCUGUGGAUCAGGAGCAGUCCUGAUAGAAGCGCUGGCCCAAGGGAAGAGUGCCAUUGGCUGCGAUGCACUUCCGUUGGCCGUGUUCGUCUCAUAUCACCAUUGUGAUGCAGGUAAGCCCGACCUGGACAAGCUCAAAGUUGUGGCGAGAGACGUGGCAAAGCCAACCAGUGGAAAGGUGAAGGACUGGCAAAGCAUUCAAGAAGGUGUCAAGAGACUGUCGCAAUCGCCAGAGAAGAAUGCUCUUUGGUUCGCUUUGGUGGUAGGAUUCAAAAUAGCCGCGCAAGGGAGCGCUGAUGUGCGAGAGGAUGCGGGAGGAUCCUUCAUGGCAGCUGUUCACAGAUAUGCUUCCAGGGUGCAGGAUCUCAGAGAGAUGUCACUCAAUUGGCAAAGCCAAGGCAGUAUGGGAAGACUUCAGCUUUACAAUUGUGAUGUGCGACAUCUUUGCUUGGGGUCACCAGUGGAUGCGAUCCUCACAUCGCCGCCCUAUCCUGGAGUGUACAACUACCUGCCGCAGAACUCCAACCAGGAACAACAGGAAUCGGACAAAAUUGAGGCUGCAGCCUUGCAAGACUUUGGGCGCGGUGCGCAGAGUUCCUCCUUUAUCCAAAUUAAUCACUUUGAUGAAGCUGCUCAUCUUGAAGCGCAGGAGAUUGGGGCACGACGUUCUUGGGCGAGCUGCUCUAUGACAGAGUACUUUGAGGAAUGGCAGUCUCAGCAGGAGCAGUGGAUGAGACUGGCACACAGCUGCCUGAAACCAGGUGGCAGUGCUACGCUCAUGAUAGGCAAUGGUGAUUCUUCACGGGAGAACGGUUUUGAUAAUUUGUCCUCCACUGUUGCGGCUGCGGAAGCUGUGGGGUUCGAGAUGCGUGGAUGGGCAACAAUCGAGUCCUGCGCAGAUGAGACUCACAGGACCAAGGGCAUGCAAAGAACCGAGCACAUGCUGCACUUGGUAAAAGAGUUCUCUUUGCCCUGA